AUGAACGAAUCCAGGUGGACUGAAUGGAGGAUCCCGAACCUGAGCAGCGGCCUUGUGAAUGUGUCCGAGCGUCACCCCUGCCCCCUUGGAUUUGGCCACUACAGUGCCGUGGACGUCUGCAUCUUUGAGACAGUGGUUAUUGUCUUGCUGACGUUUCUGAUCAUAGCCGGGAAUUUAACGGUCAUCUUUGUCUUUCACUGUGCCCCACUCUUACACCAUUAUACCACCAGCUACUUCAUCCAGACGAUGGCGUAUGCUGACCUCUCCGUGGGCGUCAGCUGCUUGGUCCCUGCCCUCUCGCUUCUCCACUACUCCACAGGCAUCCACGAGUCGCUGACCUGCCAGGUUUUUGGGUAUAUCAUCUCGGUUCUGAAGAGUGUCUCCAUGGCAUGCCUCGCCUGCAUAAGUGUGGAUCGCUAUCUUGCCAUCACCAAGCCUCUUUCCUACAACCAACUGGUCACCCCUUGUCGCCUGAGGAUUUGCAUCAUUUUAAUCUGGAUCUACUCCUGCCUAAUUUUCUUGCCUUCCUUUUUUGGCUGGGGGAAGCCAGGUUACCACGGGGACAUUUUUGAAUGGUGUGCCACCUCUUGGCUCACCAGUGCCUAUUUCACCGGCUUUAUUGUUUGUUUACUUUAUGCUCCCGCUGCCUUUGUUGUCUGCUUCACCUACUUCCACAUUUUCAAAAUUUGCCGGCAGCACACCAAAGAGAUACAUGACCGGAGGGCCCGGUUCCCUAGCCAUGAGGUGGAUGCCUCUGGAGAGACGGGGCACAGCCCCGACCGGCGCUACGCCAUGGUCCUGUUUCGGAUAACCAGUGUAUUCUACGUGCUGUGGCUCCCCUACAUCAUUUACUUCCUGCUGGAAAGCUCCCGGGUCUUGGACAAUCCCACACUGUCCUUCCUAACAACUUGGCUUGCUAUAAGUAACAGUUUUUGCAACUGUGUAAUAUACAGCCUUUCCAACAGCGUUUUCCGGCUGGGCCUCCGAAGGCUGUCCGAGACGAUGUGCACGUCCUGCAUGUGCCUGAAAGAGCAGGACACGCGGGACCCCAAGCCUAGGAAACGGGCCAAUUCCUGCUCCAUUUGAAGGGAACUGCACAGUAAAUCAAGUGUAAUCUGACAGUGGUUUUUGGAUCACAGUCUUGAUUCACCUGGAAAAUUGCCACUAGAGAAAAGAAAUAUUUACUUGAAUAGUUGACUAUGAGAUGAAGGGACUAAGGGUUUCUUUUUCCCCCUUUUUUUUUACAGAGGAAAAACACUAAAGAGAAGGAGGUAUAGAGAGUAAUCUCAUGAGAUAAUUAUAGCGUGUGAGUAUAAACGUGCAGGAAUAGGAAACACAAGCGCCGGGGAUGACCAAAGUCUCUCAGAUCUUCCACAGGACGGGGGCCCAGCCCCUCGGCGCCUCUCGGUCUGACCGAGCUCUCUCCUCUGUCUUUGUCCCUCAUUCUGUCUCUGUCCCUCUCUCGCUCUCGUUGUAUUUGUGGAAAUUACUUAUGUCAGUUGCCCUCUGUAGAAAAGCGCUACAUAUUAUAUAUGUGGCAAAGUAUAAUCUUUGGCCUCAAAGUGUACUUGAGCACACUGAUAGGAAAUUCGUAAGUGGUCUCUCACGGAGGAUGAACAGUAAGUGCUGUAUGUUAGUACCUGCCACGCAACCCCUUUGCUGGUGUUUUUAUAAUCUCUGCAGCACAAAAUUUCUGCCACAAGCAAAAAGAAACAGUGUUUUUAUUUUAUCAGGGUAAAAUUAUGCUCCCCAACCCUCCUUCCUGGCAGCCUGCUGUAUUUUUCUUCAUCUGCAUCCUUUGGUACCUUAAUCCAGAAGUGUCUUAGCUAAUGAAAGAAUCUACUGUAUA